AUGGGGGAAUCCGUUCAAGAUCAACUUACAAAACUUUUCAACCUUGUCCUUUCUGAACAGCAAGCUAAUCAGGCCCGCCAUGAAAAGGUUGAGCAGCUUCACGCCAAAAUGGAGGCUAUGUCUCUCGAAUUGGAAUCUGCCAGAAAGGGACUAUCUUCUUCUCCAGGUGCAAAAAGUCAAGCUCAAACUCGGCGCGAAAAAGGACCUAUUGGAGCAACAGUCUCUGAAGCUUCGAGAGGCAACGUCAUUGUGCCCAAAUUUACGAAACUUGACUUCCCUUGCUUUAAUGGCCAGGAAGAUCCUUUGGGAUGGAUUAGCCGUUGUCAACACUUUUUCCGGCACCAAUCCACUCCUGAAGAGGAAAAGGUGAGUUUAGCUUCUUACCACCUAGAGGGAAUUGCACAGCUAUGGUACAUACAGAUGAUUCAAGAUAUUCCCAAUCCUACAUGGUCUAAAUUUGUUAACCAAUGCAAUUUGCGGUUUGGACCCCCUAUCCGAAGCAACAAACUGGGAGAACUUGCCAAAUUAAAACAAACGGGCACAGUGGAGGAGUAUCAAAACAAAUUUGAAGUUUUGGUUUCCAGAGCUGGCACCUUAACUCAGAACCAAAAGGUUCAGUUGUAUCUCAGUGGCUUGCAGGAAUCCAUAUCUGUUGAAGUCGGGCUGCACCAACCACAGGAUCUUGUCACAGCAAUGAGCAUGUCUCGCUUGUAUGAACGGAAGCUUUACACCAGGAGCUCCACCACUCGAGAUAUCAAACGCAAUUCUCCACUUCCGGAUUCACGCAACAACCGCACAAUUAAAAGGCUCACUAGAGACGAAAUGGAUGAAAGGAGAAAAAAGGGGUUGUGUUUUAAUUGUGAUGAACCGUUUGUGCGUGGCCAUCAAUGUAAACGGUUGUUUUGGAUUGAUCUAGAAGACGGAACAAAUUCAGAGGAAGACGCCGACUCAGAUCUACCACCUGAAAUUUCUCUCCACGCAAUUACUGGAACACGCAAUCCACAGUCCAUGCGUUUGCUGGGGCGUUGGAAAGGAACCCAGGUAUUAAUCCUUGUUGAUUCAGGAAGCACUCACAGCUUUGUCUCUGUUUCCAAAGUUGAUGAAUUACAGGCAGAAGUGGAUGAGAAAGAUGGGUUACGUGUUAAUGUCGCCAAUGGCAAACAGCUCCGCAGUCCUGGAAUUUGCAAGGGGGCACCAAUCGAAUUGGGAUUUACUACUUUUACGGUGGAAUUAUUUGUCUUGCAAUUGAUUGGCUUUGACAUUGUCCUUGGCGUGGAACUUUACGGCAUAAAUUCCAGAUUAGGGACGCAACCUAAUCUUCAUUCUCUAUUACCGGCUACCGACCCAGAUACCCAACUCCAAAAAUUACUAUUUGAAUAUGCCUCUCUUUUUAAUCCACCAACAGGGCUACCUCCCGCCCGUUCCUGUGACCACCGUAUUCCUUUGGAACCAAACACUAAACCAGUGGUGGUACACCCCUACAGAUAUCCCCAUGGGCAAAAAGAUGAAAUUGAACGCCAGUGUACUGCUAUGCUCAAACAAGGAAUCAUUUGCCCGAGCAGAUCUCCUUUUUCAUCUCCGGUAAUUCUGGUUUCCAAAGCUGAUAAAUCAUGGCGCUUGUGUGUGGAUUACAGGGAACUCAAUGCCAAAACCAUCAAAGACAAAUUCCCAAUUCCUGUUAUUGAUGAGCUUCUGGACGAAUUGGGAGGGGCAAAGUUCUUCACCAAAUUAGACUUGCUUUCUGGAUAUUUUCAGAUCGGCAUGUAUCCAUCAGACAUUGAAAAAACAGCCUUUCGAACUCACCACGGUCAUUUCGAAUUUCUGGUCAUGCCGUUUGGAUUGUCCAACGCACCAUCCACUUUUCAAGCUUUAAUGAAUGAGGUAUUCCAGGAACACCUCCGUAAAUUCGUAUUGGUUUUUUUUUACGACAUCCUUGUUUUCAGUAAAUCUUGGGAAGAACAUAUGCAGCACCUUCGUCAAGUAUUCCACAUCUUGGAAAAAAAUAAAUUGUUCCUGAAACGCUCCAAGUGCACCUUUGCCCAAACUCAGGUUUCAUACUUGGGUCAUGUAAUCUCACAGAAGGGGGUGCAGGUGGAUAAUUCCAAAAUCGCAGCUAUCACAGAAUGGCCUAGACCUGUUACUCUCCGGGGGUUGCGGGGUUUCCUUGGACUUACUGGCUAUUACCGGAAGUUUGUAUUCAACUAUGGUACUAUAGCUGCUCCUUUCACUGCCUUGUUACGAAAAAACUCUUUUCAAUGGACUGACGAAGCAAUUCAGGCAUUUAAAACUUUGAAGACGGCCCUGACUACCACACCCAUAUUAGUUCUUCCGAAUUUCGAGCUACUGUUUGUUCUUGAGUGUGCUGCAUCUGACACAGGUAUUGGAGCUGUGCUACUACAAGAAAAUAAACUAGUGGCCUUCUUUAGCCGAGCAAUGGCGGGCCGACAUGUUAGUCUUCCGGCAUAUGAAAGGGAGCUGAUUGGCUUGGUCAAAGCAAUUAAACACUGGCAAUCAUAUCUUUGGGGCAAAAAGUUUCUGGUGCGAACUGACCACUACACCUUGAAAUUUUUACUAGAGCAACGCUCACUUUCCUUCCCUCAACAACACUGGGUGAGUAAACUGAUGCCUCUUGGGAAAAUGUUCAAGAUAUACAGGAUCCUUAUCCGCAUUUUAAGCUUGAGGACAAGCUUCCUAAGGGGACGGGAAGUAUUGAUACAAAGCCAUUACAAGUGUAUACACGUUACACUCACAGUCAGAAGAAACAGCCACGUGUACAGCCUACUGAAGAUGGGGAAGCAGUAA